AUGGCGGCAAGGAAGCUGGCCCAGGAAGUGGACAAAUGCUUCAAGAAGGUCGCCGAAGGCGUCGGCGAAUUCGAGGCAAUCUACGAGAAGAUCGAACAGUCAAAUAAUCCCGCCCAGAAGGAGAAGCUCGAGGACAACCUCAAGCGCGAAAUCAAGAAGCUCCAAAGAUUACGAGAUCAGAUCAAAACAUGGGCCGCCAGCAACGACAUCAAGGACAAGGCUCCUUUGCUGGAGCACCGGCGGUUGAUCGAGACGCAAAUGGAGAAAUUCAAAGCCGUCGAGAAGGCGAUGAAGACCAAGGCGUACUCGAAAGAAGGACUGUCCGCUGCCGCGAAGCUGGAUCCCAAAGAGCAAGCGAAGAUGGAGGCUAGUGACUUCCUAAGUAGCAUGGUCGAUGAGCUGGAGCAGCAAAUAGAAGCGUUAGAAGCCGAAAGCGAGUCGAUACAGGCCACAAUGAAGAAAGGCAAGGGCCACAGUGCAAAGGCGGAUCGCAUGGCCGAAAUCGAGCGGUUAAUAGAGCGGCAUAAGUGGCAUCAAGGGAAACUUGAGCUGAUACAACGCUCCUUGCAAAACGGCGGCGUGGAGACGGAAGAGGUUACCGACCUCGAGGAGAGCAUACGAUAUUAUGUCACCGAUGGCAUGAACGACGAUUUCAUGGAGGACGAUACCAUGUAUGAUGAUCUAGAUCUACACGAAGAUGAGGAUGCGUUUGGCCUGGUAGGUGACAACGACAAGGUUUCAUCGCAAGAUACCCAGUCGGUUCAAGAAGAGCCAAUUGAGGUCGAAAGCCGGUCAGGGAGCAUACCAGGCGGGAAGCCGCGGACGGUGGCAGACAAUGUUAGUGCGGCCGGUGGACGACGACCAUCGACGCAACUCAAGUCGCCCCUUCCAACGCUUGCAACACUGCAUACGCCACUUCCGACAAUCAGCAACGGUGCUCCUUCGAGUAACGCCUCCAUGAAGCCGGCAACCGUCCCGGCGCGGCCAGCUGAAGGUUUGAAGUAUGCUUCAGCUGCGGCUGCGGCUGCUGCAAACGACAAGAACAACGUUGGCAUCGCACCUCUACCUCCACCGCCUGGUGCAGCACCCCCAGUUCCCGCCAUGGGUAUCGCCCCCUUACCGCCCGUCCAAACGAAGAUAAGCACCAACAACUCGCCAAGCGUCACCUCGGUUCAACCAGCUGCGUCCAGCUCGGCACAAGUGCCGGAGCAAAGACCAACUCCACCCACCCAAACAAGUAGCACAGCGGUUGGCUCUUCAUCUUCAACGGCGAAGUCAGAGUCUGCAAAACCGGUGUCCUCACGCGCUGCAGGCAAGGCGCCAGCGGCUCCAGAGCCUGUGGCAGCACCCAAACCUCCCCUGACGAAUGGCGUGACAAAUGGUGCGAAACCUGUUGCUGAGGAGGAGCAAGAAGAGGAGUCGAUAUAUCACCUCCCAGCAUCAUUACAAGAUCUGGUGGAGGCGUUUGAAACGACGAAGCGGAAGCCCACCUCACCAAACUCUCCAUCUACCUUGCGGAUGCUUGCAGCCUCACAAGCAAGCGCCCCUGAUGCCAUGGACUCGGAGGCACCGAGGAAUUACCACCCAGACAUGUACUACAACUCCCCUGCGGCGUAUCCCCGUGAACCCCUCUCCAUCUUCGAUGAUCCACGACUCUACUCUCGAAUCGAUCCAGACACUUUGUUCUACGUCUUCUACUACAAGCAGGGCACUUACCAACAGUAUCUGGCUGCCAAAGCGCUGAAAGAUCAGUCAUGGAGAUUCCACAAGCAAUAUCAAACCUGGUUCCAGAGACAUGAGGAGCCCAAGAGCAUUACAGAGGAGUUCGAGCAAGGCACGUAUCGCUUCUUCGACUACGAGAGCACAUGGAUGAAUAGGAGGAAAGCAGACUUCAAGUUUGCCUACAAAUUCCUCGAGGACGAUGUAUGA